CCCCCAGCUGGAAGGACAACCCGGCCAUGCCGCAGGGGCUGGUGUACGAGGGGGUCUCCGAGGAGCCCAUGGCGUUCUCGGGAGGGAGCGCGGCGCAGAGCACCGUCCUCCACGCGUUCGACGAGCUCCUGGGCAUUCGGCACAGCAAGGACAGCACCGCCUUCCUGCACAGGAUGAGGGACUACAUGCCCCCACCCCACAGAGCCUUUGUGGAGGAGAUCGGCCGUGCCCCCUCCCUCAAGCAGCACCUUCUCUCCUCGGGCGACGCGCGGCUCCGUGCGGCCUUCAACCAGUGCGUGUCUGCGCUGGCAGAACUCAGGUCCUACCACAUCACCAUCGUCACCAAGUACAUCAGCGUCGCGGCAGCCAAAGCCAAGGCCGGGCGGGCAGAGCCGAGCCACGGGGCCGGUCCCUCCGCGGGGAAGCCCCCGACUGCGCUGGAGACCAAAGGCACCGGCGGGUCCCACAUCUUCACCUUCCUGAAGAGCGUCAGGGACACCACCAGGGAAGGGAUGAUAAGUGCCUGACUUGCCCUGAGACACUGCUCGAAGCAGGCGGCCAGGCUGCUCCGGUGUGGACUUGGGGCACACAAGCCAAAAAUCUGACCACAGCGACCUUCACCCAAAACCUCCUCUCAGCAGCCCCCAUCCCGCCCGCGCACACCUGGGAAAAGGGGUCUGGGUUGUUGAGGGAGGAGAGAGCUGCUGCUGAUAGACCCCAAAGGACAGGUAGGGACCACAGCAUCCUUCCCCGGUACCGGGAUGGGCACAGCAUCCUCCUGGGAAGAGCCACGUCCAUCCAAGCCCUCCCUGCUGUCUCCUGCUCCCCAGGGUCGGGGCUGCCGGCACGGCUGGGCUUUGUCCCGGUUUGGGCCCAAAUCACGGCAGGGUUACAGGGACUAAUAAAGCCGCCAUCCCCAAACCCCGCCGAGCUGCCGGGCCC